UGCUGUCAACGGGCUGACCUCGAGCAGGGGCUGCAGUUUCCUUUAUUUUGCGUAGUUCGUCAGCCGACCAAACACAAGCAGGGCGACAGUUUUUUUUUUGGUGCUUUGUGCUUGCACUCCGUUUUCGCUGUUGGUGUGCCUGGCCACCGUUCCUCCGGAAAGGCAGAAAAGGGCGAGAGCGCGUCUCUGUUGGACACCGUUCGUCCAAGUAGAGGACGCACACGCACGCACACCCGACGGGAGUGAGUGCACCGGGAGUGUCCCCGGAGACAGCCAGCCAGCCAGCCAUGUCAAGGGAAGGUCUCGGACUGCCGCGAGGAAUCGGUCAACGAGAUUACGGUGCGAUGAGCAGUACGGCGGCGGCGGCGGCGACGGCGACCGGCAGCGGCUCGGACGGGAACUUUGGCGGGUUCAGCCCGACCGAGUUCAUCUCGCUGAGCGAAUCGAUCGCGGCGAACACGAUCUUCGUGAAGCAGAGCUGGCAGUUUCUGGAGAAGGCUAACCGGACGAUCGGCACGGCCAAGGACAAUCAGUCGCUGAGGGAUAAGAUCAAUGAUAUACAAACCGGCACGAAUCAGCGGAUAGGCACCACCACCAAGGACCUGCAGCGGUUGACGGUGGUCGUGCGGGGCGGCGACAAGCAGCAGAAGCUCCAGGUCGAGAAGCUCACCUCCGACUUCAAGCAGGUGGUGGAGUUUUACUCCAAAAGCCAGCAGAGUAUAGCGGCCAAGAUGAAGCAGGUGUUCCUGGUGAACGCUUCCCAGGCGGACGAUCUGGCGAACGACGCCGGCAUACCGGGCACGGCCGAACAGCAGCAGGAGCUGCAGCGGCAGCGGCAGCUGCAACAGAGCCUCCAGUUCGAGCAGGACAUGCUGCUCGAGCGGGAGCAGCGCUUCCGGGAGAUUGAGGCGAACGUGCUGGACGUGAACCAUAUCAUGAAGGAGCUAAGCAACAUCACCUCCCAGCAGAGCGAAGUGAUUGACACAAUCGAAAACUCGAUCGGCCGAACGGUGGACAACGUGGAGAGCGGUGCGGAGGAGCUGGUCAAGGCGGCCGAGUACCAGAACCGGUACCGGCGCAAGGUGCUGAUCCUGCUGAUCGUCGCUGUGAUAUUGGGCCUCGUGGUGACCGGCAUUAUUGUGUCGAAGCUGAAGAGCUAAGAAUGCUGCAAAACGCUUUCCUUUUUAGUUUGUUUUGUUUGUUGGGGAGGGAUAUUGUGGGAUUUCGUAACGGGGGCCUUCGUCCUCCGGGCUACCGGAGGAUAUUAUGGUCGAGCGAUGGCGUAUCCCUUUUUCUUUCUUUGUUUUGACAUAUCUUUUAAUGUGUAUUUCUCGCGUGCGAUGUUGUGUUUAUUCAGCUUUGAAAGUUAACUUAUAAAGAGAAGAAAAAAAAGUCGUCGAAACAGGUUAGAGGCAGAAGUAUACCGUGUUAGCGAAUUACGUAGUAAACACACAUACAUACACACAUUAUUAAUGCUGUCUACUACCGGCUUAAAGGAGGAACUUUUAGGUAGGCCUGUUGGUUGGUUUCGAUGCGUAAGACAUGCAUGUAAUCAUCUCCUUUUAGUAAUGCAGUCUAGAAUCCGGUACGCUGCUCGAAUCUCGAAGCGGUCCGCGGCACUGCACACGAGUGUUUGCUAUUUGGACGUGCUUUUAUCGUGUAUCGUGUAUGAUAUCGAUAUUUAUCCGUUUAUCUAAUUCAAUCUAAUCGAACCGUGUCGGUAAAGGGAGCAGUGUGAAGGGAGGAGUCCAAUAACGUACACCUUUUCCGCGCUAAUGUACGGGAGCGUAGUAGAGAAAUAAACCUUCCUACCUUACCUUAUCUUA